AUGGAUUUCCUCUGGCCCGCAGCCCAAUGCGCGUGGCAGGGGGCUCUUGCAUAUCUCUGGGGCGGCAAUCUGCAGCGCUGCCCCUCGAUCGCGAUCCCGGCGUGCCCGGGGUUCCCUGGCUGCGCGGCCUGCCCGCCGUGCCCAGGCUGCCCGGCGCGCCCGGGAGGGCGGCCGGCGCCCGCCAACCCGGCGCCGCCGGCGGAGCAGGAGGCCGGGGCCGACACCGCGGGGUCCUCCUUCUGGCUGGUGGUGCUGGUGAACGAGCUGCUGUUCCUGGGCCUCAUCGCCUGGUACGUGUACAGCUCGUGGGGUGGCGUGUGGCUAGUCGUGUCGCCGCUCAUCGCGCUGAUCUGCACCGUGGACACGGACAUCUACGAGGAGGACUACACGUGCGACUCGAGCGACAUCAUUGCCGUGCGCUACGCUGGCACGCGUGCGACCUUCCCGCCCGGGAUCCGAGGUGCGAACUCACACCGCUUCAGGCGGGACUUGACGAUGCAGGAGCAGCAGCAGAUCGACCAGGCCGCCGUGGACUACUGCAGGGCGGCGCUGGCGGCCGAUCAUCAUCGCCUUGGACUGGGGGCGCCGGCGGGGCCCUUCCUCAUCCCACUGACCUUCGGUCAGGCCGGCCCGGCUGCCCCGGCGGAGGCAGGAGCCGGAGCAUGUGCUGCUGGCGGAGCUACCGCUCCUGUGGCGGCGGGCGUAGCCGCGGCCGCCAUGUGGGUGCUGGUCGAGUCGACGACUGCUGGCGCGCGCGGGACUGCCGUGGCCCCGCCCGCCGGGUCGGUGCUGCGAGGGUCCGUGGGCCUCAUGCCGCUGGCCGACGGCUCAUGGGUGACGAUCCGCUCGAUCUCGGGAUCGGCCCAGGAGUACGCUGGGCGAGAGGCCGCGUCGGAUGCUCGUCUGAUGGGGAUCCUGCCGAACCCUGCCGUUCCAGGCGGGAGGCUGCUGCGGCAGUGGCGCGACGCCGUCGCCAGCUUCACCGAGGAGGCGUUCGUGGACUGGCACAUCCCCGGAGCCCUUGAGGAGCUUCGAGUUCUCAGCGACUACGCCGGCGAGAGUGCCGCGGUCGCUCCGUUCAGCUUUGAUAACAUCAACAGCCUCUCGCUCCCGGACGAGGGUUUCACGCCGGUGGCGCUGGACACGCUGGGAGGAGGAGCUGGCCGCAAGAUAGUUGAACGGCUUCAUGAUAUGAUGCUGUCCCAGUCCGAGGGUCGGGCUCGGAUCGAGUCCGACGGUCCUCGGAAGCUCUACAUCGACCCGGCGCUCAGGAACCCCAAGCUGUACAUCCAGCUGCUGCGGAUCCUCGAGCGCCGGAACCUCAUCGACUACUACGCUGACAAGGCGUGCAGCGUGGGUGUGUUCUUCGUUUAUAAGAAGUCGGGGAAGCUGCGGCUCAUCCUGGACGGCAGGCAUGCGUCCCUGCACUUCCGGGCCCCCGACAAGGUGGCCCUCGCGUCCGGCGCGAGCUUCGCUGGCCUUCACGUAGACAGCGGGAAGCCCAUCGCCGUGGCCGAGGUGGACCUGGCCGACGCCUUCUACACGAUGCUGCUGCCGCCGGAGUUCCGACGGUACUUUGCGCUGCCGAGCUGCCGCGCAGGCCUGCUGGGGCUUGACUGCACCUCGGACGGGCGCCCUCUCAGCGGGACGGACCUGGUCUACCCGUGCUUCCGGUGCCCGCCGAUGGGCUGCUCCUUCAGCCUCUGGAUCUGCCAGACGAUGUUGGAGGCGACCGCGCUGCAGGUGCCCCAGCUGACCGUGGCCAACCGCUUCGUGGACAGGCGUCCUGUGCCGGGCGUCACCAGCGACGUGAUCCACACCGAGUACGUGGACAACGCGCUGAGCCUCUCGACCGACCCGUCGGUGGCGUCCGCUGCUGCCGCUGCGGUCGACUCUCGGCUCCGAGCGGCUGGCCUACCAACCCACGGGGUCGAGUGCAGUUUCGGCGCUGCCGCGCUGGGCUGGCAGUUUGACGAGAAGUUCCCGAUCAUCGGGCUGAACCCGGCGCUGCGGUGGAAGCUACGGCUGGCCUGCCUGGAGCUGUGCCGGAAGGGCUUUGCUUCGGGCAAGACGGUCUCGCGCGUGGUCUCACACUUUACAUCGAGGGCGCUGAUCCGGCGCGAGCUUCUGUCCUGUCUCAACUCGCUGUACGCUUUUUCUGCCCAGUAUGGGGGCCGAACUGCUCGGCUCUGGCCCUCUUGCCUGCGCGAGCUCCGCUGGUGCGCCAGUCUGGUCGUGUUCUGCUUCCGAGACGCGGGUGCCGCGUUUGACAGCAGGCUCACGAUGGUCGACGCAUCGUGGUGGGGCGUGGGGGUCACUCAGAAAACAUCGUCGUCAGCUGUUGCGCUGGAGUUAUCACGGUACAACGAGAGGUGGAGAUUCAGCAAGACUCAGGAGGGUGGCGUCUCACAUCGGUCCCUCGCCCUAAAGGCUCAGAGCUCUGGAGACCCCUUCGUGCCCGAGUCGGUCGCAACCUUCGAGAACCCAGGGGGCUUCCAGGAGGUGAUCACGGACUUGGAGGAGGAUGAGGAGUUCGUCGUGUCAGGCUCCGCGUUCGAGGUGGAGGAGGUGACCCAGGUGGAGAAUGAGGAGUUCCCGGAGAUCCCAGAGGGCGUCUGGGCGGAGGGGUGGUACCCGGUCGUGUCGCACAGAUGGUGUCGUUCGGAACCUCAAGUCGUACUCGAAGGUCGUGGGAUGGUGGUGGCUGUUCGGCAUAUCCUUCGGCGUCUCUCGUCCUUCAACCGGUGCCAUCUGUGCUUGGGCGAUUGUUUGGGAACGAUCCUGGCUGCCACCAAGGGGCGGUCCUCGCGCCCAGAGAUGGGGCGCAUCUGCCGGCAGCUGGCGGCCCUUUCGCUAGCUAGCGGCACUGCCUUCUUUUGGCGCUGGGUACCUUCCGAGCGGAACUCCGCGGACCGCGCCUCCGGGAACUUGCCAGGCGUGGGCUAUGCUUCGACGACAUCAGAUACCUGCUGCCCCAGCGCCUGUGGUGGUAGCCACGGCGCCCGCUCCGACGUCGGGCGGCCUCCUGGCGCGAGGCAGCCUGCCUUCGGGCCCCCGCCCGGCCUCGAGCAAGGGGCGAGCUGGGACCCCGACGGGGCGGACCACUUCCUCGGCAGCGGCUUCGACAUUGGGGCUGGACCUAUCGGCGGAGCCACUGGAGCGGACCGCCCGAGCGAAGCGUCGGCGGGCCAGGCAUCCAGAGGGCGCCCACUGGCGGGGGCCCGGACAGCGGUCGUUCCUGGAGCAGAAGGCGGUGGGCAACAGGACGACGCUGGACUACCAGGCCCGAUACCACCGUUUCCUGACCUGGGCCGCGGCUGCGAGGGCCUAGUGUCCACCAUCCCCGAGCUGGAGGAGACGCUCCUGGAAUACUUCAACGAGUUGUACUUCGAGGGCCACGACUCGCCGGACGGGUCGAAGCUGGCGGCCGCCGUGACCCACUUCCGGUUGGACCUGCUGCCGAAGCUGAUCAACAUGCCGCGCGUGCAGCGGGCGCUGAAGGGCUGGAAGUCCAUGGCGCCCCCCCGGGCUCGCCUUCCCCUGCCCUGGCCGGUGGUGGCGUGGAUGGCGGACUGGAUGGUGACGAACGGGUGGGAGGUGGCGGCGACGGCGUCCGUGCUGGCCUUCAUCCUCUACCUGCGCCCCUCCGAGCUGCUGUCCCUGCGCGUGAUCUCGGUCGUGCGGCCGGUGAAGUGUGGGCCCCGGCACCUGAGCAAGUACUCCAUCCUCCUGUUCCCGGCCGAGCUCGAGGCGAGGUCGAAGACAAAGGAUUACGACAUCAGCCUGCUGCUGGACAACCCAGAGUUCGGGUGGAUGGAUCAGGUGCUGGACCGACUGGUGCUGGGCCGACACCCAGAGCAGCCGCUGUUCGCGCUGAGCAUGAAGUCAUGGACCCGAGCGUUCAGCCUCGCGUCCGCCGCCCUGGACCUGGAGACCCUGGGCCCCCCGGUGCUGUACCAACUGCGCCAUGGCCCUCGGCUGCGCCGUGACUAUUGGCAGCACCCUAUGCAGAAUUUGAGCUCGUGGGCCCACACCGCCAAGUCGAAGGUGUACCUGGAGAUCUUCAGUGGCUCCGGGAGCUGGUCGCGUGCCAUGCGACACGGCCAGGCCUCUCGGCUGGCCCCGCGUGUCUUCGAGCUGGACAUGGAGCACGAGCCCGCCCUGGGCGACCUCUCCAGGCGCAGCGUGCAACGUGUUGUUCGAGGUUGGCUUCGUGGGCAGUUGCUCCAGGGUGUCUGGCUGGGUAUGCCCUGCAGUUCCUGGUCCAUGGCGCGGAAUAGGCCCAACGGCCCUCCCGCCUUGCGUGAUGGGAAACAUCUGCUGGGACUCCCUGGUCUCUCGUCAAGCGACUCGCUCAAGGUGAUGCUGGGGAACAGGCUCGCGUGCUUCUCCUUCAGCUUCUUUCUGGAGUGCGCCCUGCGUGGAGUCCCAGCGGCAAUCGAGAACCCGGCCACCUCGUGGGUGUGGCAGACCAAGUGGGCGGUACAUGCCGCCAAGCAGACCAACGUGAAGGUGAUCGACUUUGACUUCUGUGCUUUCGGCACGCAAUGGAGAAAACGAACCAGAGUCAUGUAUGUGCACGUGAACCUAGACGCCCUGAGUAGCUGUAAGUGCAGUGGCCGUGGCUGUUGCUCUUUCUCGCAGGCGCCGCACAAAGCCCUUGAGGGCAAGUGGUUCUGCUGGUGGUCGUGCUGGUGGGUGGUUGCGCUGGUGCUCGUGCUCGUGGUUCUGCUGGUGGUCGCGCUGGCGGUCGUGCUGGUGGUCCUGCGGGUGGUCGUGCUGGCGGUCGUGCUGGUGGAUGGCCAUGGAGGUAUGAGCGUGGGCAGGGUCACCCGGAUGUUGGAGCAGCACGAGGCCGUGGUGAUCCCGUCCGUGUACAAGACGCCGGAGGAACAGGGGGAGUUGACGCGUCUGUUGGGCCAUCUGAGGGCCGCGCAUCCUGACGCGUUCGUUUUCUUGGUGCAGUUGCCAGAUCGGUUCGAUAUCGAGCUGACCAGGGGGUACCUAGAUACAUUGAUGGCACGCCAGGAUGCGCUCUACAGCUUUGGGACGAGCGGCGUCCUCAUGGAGCUGGAGGGUGACCCGGAGGGCUUACAGCAGAAGGUACGUCUGGAGCUUGUGGAGAACACCGCGAUCCAGCGGCGCGUGCAACACUUCGAGAACACCUUGGGAGAAGAAAUCCUCGAGAGCCAGACCAUCCAGGACGAACAUGACAGUCUUCUGUGGGAUGACGUCCCGAAGUUGCUAAUGCCCGGUUUUCCCGCUCUAGACAGGGGCUUGCUGGAACGGGCGGACCAGGUCGGGGAGUUCCGGCUGGUGCACCAGUAUGUAAAUCAUCAGCACGUCUUGUUGGCGGUGAACGGGGCGCACGAUUUUGUCGUUGUCAAGAUGCGCAACAAGCGCAGUGUCACGGCUGCCGAGGAGGUGGAGAGCAUCAACACGGAGUUCUGCCUCCUGAAACACGCCCUCCACCACCCACACAUCAUCCGCUGCGUAACCAUGCUGCACAGCCAGUCCCAUGUGCACCUGGUGCUCCAGUAUGGUGGCGACGCCUGCAUGGAACAGGUGCUGUCGACUCAACCACACUGCCGCUUGUCCAGGGACGACGCCCUGGACUGCACCACCCAGGUCGCAAGUGCUCUGUCCUAUUGCCACGCCAUUGAUGUUACUCACAGGCAGGUGUCCCCGAGGCACGUGUCGGUAGAGAUGGCGAGGAAUCGGUUCGUUUGCCGCCUGGUGGACUUCAGCAUGGCAGCCCGCGUUCCAGACUUCAGCACGCGGAAGACCCUGUGCGGCGCUCUCCCGUGCGUCGCUCCGGAGACAGUGCUGGAGGAGCCGUACUGGCCCAAGCCGGCAGACUGCUGGAGCCUAGGGGUGGUGCUCCUGGAGGCCGUCGGCGGGCAGGGCUCGCUCGAGCUGUCGUUGGGGUGGCGUCGCGGCGCAUCCCUCGCGCAGGCCACGCGGGAGAUGCUCGAGUUCUUCGCCCAAGCCGGCUCCCAUGCCCAAGCGAUGGCGAGCAUGGGCGGCGUGCACGACGAUGCGGCGUUGGCGUGCCUGGAGGCCCUGCUGAGGCCCGAGCCCCUCCGCAGGGCGAGCGCCUCCGACGCGGUGGAGAUGCUGUCAUCACAGCGUGGCGCCAGCGGGAAGCCAAUUCGGGCCAGGCCCGUCGGCUUUCUCGCUUGGUCGCUCCAAUUCGGUCUCGGUGGCCUGGUUCAGCUGUGCUUCGAGGUUUCUUCGGGCGAGACCCGCUCGUCCCUGAGUGGCUUCCUUCGAGCCCUCGGCGGCCGCCCGCAUGCUGGUCAGUUCGGUACAGCAGCGCCCUCGUUGGUCCUGCUCGCUGGGAAGGUUUAUCUCAUCGCUGCGACCGUGAACUGGUAUUGCAUCGCCCUCGGUGGGGGCACUGUCUCUGCGCGUGUUGAGCUGCUGCGCACUCGCCAGUUCAACGCACCGAGCGUGUCGACCGCUGCGAGCGCGUUGACUGCCACGGCCCUCGUCGAGGCAGCCAGGGCUUCUUGCCUCGGGGCCUUCUCUGGCGGCUGCGCCCGGCCGAGGGAGCGCUCUCUGGAGCGCCCGGACCUGCGGACGGGAGUGCUGCGCGGGAUCCACGACGAGCGGUGCGACCUUUGGAGCUGCGGGGUGGUCAUGUACAUCCUCCUGUGCGGCGAGCCACCUUUCAACGGGAGCCCGCUCCACUCCACUGCCUCUUUCGCCGCUGUCAUUGCGGCAGUUGCCGAUCUCCAGUCGCGAUGUUGGCAUCUCUCGUUUUUACCUAACAGCGAAGACUGA